CAGGGAUGGACUGACCAUUUGGAAACUCUGGCACUGCCCGAGGGCCCGGGGUCAGUAGGGGGCCCCAUGAGAUGCCCCUGGUACCUUUUUCAUAGGCUUUUUUGAGUUUGGGCAAGGACACAGGGGCCCCAUGAUCCCCUAUUGCCCAGGGGCCCCAUGAGUUGUCAGUCCGCCCCUGCUUUCCGCCCCUGCAUCUCUGUCCCAAUCAGCCACCCCACCCUUACAUCAGUGUCCCCAUCAGAGCUCCCCCUUACAUCAGUGUCC